AUGAGUGAGAUGCAAAGCGAUGCCAAUGCUGAAGGACCGAAGGUGGUGACGAGGCCUUCCAACGACUCAGACAACCGGCCAGACUCUGCUCAGACGGGGAACGGGAGCACUGCCACAGCGAGUGCUGACUAUGUGGUCCCUGACGUGGUAAUGGGCGUCAGAAGGCGCGUGAAAGUGGUCUUCAUCGGCUUUGGCCUGACGGGGAUCGACUUUGCGUACAAGGCAAAGAGCUGUCCGGACAUCGACUUCCAGAUCUACGAGAAGAAUCCUGCAGCCGGCGGGACAUGGUAUGAGAAUACUUACCCGGGGUGUGCAUGCGACGUGCCGAUCUCGAUCUAUCAAUACUCAUGGAACUUGAAGUCCAAUUGGAAGAAGUAUUACGCAACCCAGCCUGAGAUAUGUGGGUAUUUGCAGGAGACUGCUCGUGAGCACGAGCUCGAUCAGUACGUCAAGUACCAGCACGAAGUCUUGUCGUGCGAUUGGCUCGAGGACAAAGGCCGCUGGCGCUUCACGAUCAUGCCCAACAAAGACCCCUCCAAGAUCUUCUCGGAUGAGGCUGAUUUCCUGAUCAAGGGAUCUGGCAUCCUGAACAACUGGACAUGGCCUGACAUUGCAGGCUUUCAGGAAUACAAAGGAGAGAAAACGCAUACGGGCAACUACGAUAGAAGCAUCGAUUUGAAGGGCAAACGUAUUGGUGUCAUUGGACUGGGAAGCUCUGCCAUUCAGACAGUCGCAGCUAUUGUACCAGAAGUAGGGUCAAUGGUGUUGUUUCACCGCACGCCACACCCCAAAGGACAAGACCUCAACUACACGGAAGAAUUGAAGAAGCGCUUCGCCAGCGAUCCCGAAGACUAUCUGGAAUACGUCAAAUCGGUCGAACGAGAGCUUUCAGGCCUGUUCAAGGUUUACAUCAAGGGCUCGCCGGAAAUGGUAUUGGUCAACGAGAUGGCUCGCAAGUCUAUGCUGGACCGCCUUGGUCAACGGCAAGACAUCAUCGAUGCUAUGGUUCCGACCGACUUUCCCGUCGGUUGUCGUCGGCCCACGCCAGGUACAGGAUUUCUUGAGGCUCUGCAGCAACCCAACGUCAAGCUCGCUUCUGGCUGGAUCAAAUGCGCCGACGCCACCGGCUUGAUACGUGACACCGGAGAGCAUGUCGAGCUGGAUGUCAUCAUCUGCGCUACUGGGUUCGUUACAACCUUCCGACCACGAUUUCCCCUGAAUGUGCGAGGCGAGAAUCUCUCGCCAAAGAUUGGCGUGGCAGAUCGGCCGACCUAUAUGGGCCUAGCCACUCCAGGCGUCCCCAAUUACUUUGUAUCGAUGGGACCUUAUGCCCCUUACGUGCAAGGGUCCGCGAGCAAGACCGUCGAAUAUGCCAACAACUACUUUCUGCAAGUGAUCCAGAAGUUCCAGACCGAUUUUAUAAAGGAGAUCGUGCCCAAGUGGCAAGCAGCACAAGACUUCAAGAAUCACGCGGACAAGUAUCUCGAAAGAGGUGUCUGGGGCGAAGCUUGUCGGUCGUGGUUUAAGGGUGGUGAUGCGAAAGGUACGCCCGCUAUUUGGCCUGGGUCAAGAGCACAUUCACUUCGGUCGAUCGAAGUACCUCGCUUCGAGGAUUAUGACAUUACAUAUGUCCACGGCAACCGAUUUGCUUACAUGGGCAACGGCUUCGAUUUGGCUGAAAUUGACGGGUCCGAUUCGACCUGGUAUUAUGCCCGAGCAGAUAAUAGCAAUCGCCUGCCGAUAUGGGAGUUCUCCGAGGCCGUUGAAGAAGUGGAUAAGACUGGAGUCACUAAUGGGACUACGAAGGAAGCUGCAAACGGGAUCGAAGCGGCGGUUCCGAAUGGUAUUGUGAUAGAGUCUUGA